GAAAAGCCUUGCCCAUUAUUGCGUUUCCCUCCAUUUUCAAGGGUUUGCAGUUUAUUUCUGCGGGAGAGCUAUAGAGUAAGAGGAACUGAUCUCUAUUAGCAUUGAUAGGCAGCUGUUUCUGUUCGGUACUCGUCAAUGGCUGCUGCUGCUUCUUCUUCUUCUUCGUCAUCAAAUGGCAGCUACGAGAUUCCAUGGGUGGAGAAAUAUAGACCCACCAAAGUAGCCGACGUGGUUGGCAACGAAGAUGCCGUCUCAAGGCUCCAAGUCAUUGCAAAAGACGGGAACAUGCCUAAUCUCAUCUUAUCUGGUCCUCCAGGAACUGGAAAAACAACAAGUAUACUGGCCCUUGCACAUGAGCUAUUAGGAGCAAAUUGCAAGGAGGCUGUUUUAGAGCUAAAUGCAUCAGAUGACAGGGGAAUUGAUGUUGUAAGAAACAAAAUUAAAAUGUUUGCCCAGAAGAAAGUAACACUGCCCCCGGGGCGACACAAAAUAAUAAUUUUGGAUGAAGCUGACAGUAUGACAUCUGGAGCACAACAGGCUUUGAGACGGACAAUGGAAAUAUAUUCAAAUUCCACACGGUUUGCACUUGCAUGCAAUACAUCUUCUAAGAUUAUUGAGCCCAUUCAGAGUAGAUGUGCACUUGUUCGUUUUUCAAGACUAUCAGACCAAGAAAUCCUUGGUCGUCUCAUGGUAGUGGUUGAGGCUGAGAAAGUUCCCUAUGUGCCUGAAGGUCUUGAAGCCAUCAUUUUCACGGCUGAUGGUGACAUGAGGCAAGCAUUAAACAACUUGCAAGCUACAUAUAGUGGCUUCCGGUUUGUUAAUCAAGAAAAUGUGUUCAAGGUCUGUGACCAGCCUCACCCUUUGCAUGUGAAGAAUAUGGUGCGCAAUAUACUUGAAGGGAAAUUUGAUGAUGCCUGUUCUGGUCUGAAGCAACUAUAUGAUUUGGGUUAUUCCCCGACUGACAUAAUUACAACUCUUUUCCGGAUAAUAAAAAAUUACGACAUGGCUGAGUAUCUAAAAUUGGAAUUUUUGAAGGAAACUGGGUUUGCUCACAUGAGAAUCUGCGAUGGAGUUGGCUCACUCCUUCAGCUCUCUGGUCUCUUGGCUAAGCUUUCUUUGGUUCGGGAAACAGCUAAAGCCAUAUAAGUAGGUGUUGACUACAGUUUGGACUUGUUUCCAUCUAGACAUAUUUGUUAUCCUAAGGAUUACUUGGUUUCUGUAUGUUUAUGAUUAAACAUGGUUGGCUCUUGGGCAAAUUUGAACAAGGGAGGUGGUUUAUAGGCAGCCAAGUUAAGACAGAAAACCUUUUCCAAAGUAUAAUAUUAUAUCUAAGCAUGCAAAGAAUUAGACA